AUUUUUGGAGAUGCGAGUCGGUGCCCGCUAGAACGAUGAUGGUAGUCGAAGAAUCGUCGUCCAUCGUUUGACCCUCGAAGAAACCGAAGCCACGACUUUCACGACUUUUGGUUAAUUAUCGGAAAAAAAUAUAAUCGGAAGAUAAGAUAAUAAUCUUCUAAUAAGUGAAAAGCUUAAAUAAUGGGAAUAUCCAGUAGUAGUAGUGAUCCGCCGGCUUUGAUUUCUGCGAGUGAAUAUGAGGCAGAAACAUCUUUGUGUUCGAAAGACGCUUGCCCGGCGAACGAUGGAAGACAAAGAAUGUAUGUGGGAACAGGCAGCUACAAAGGGGAGGAUCAGUCACGAUUGCAAGGUCCUAAUCCCUAUGUGACCUUGAAAUCUGGCGAAUUGUGGGAUCAAAGGCCAAUGACACCCAGUUCGUCGAGUAUGCUGCCUCCUAAACGCGAGACUUUGUUAACGUGUACAGCACAAAUGACAGGUUGGCAGUCCGCCGAUGGUCACGAUCCCUCGAUGUGUCAACAGAAUAACGAAAUGGAGCUUUCGCGAAUUAUCUCGCAGCUGGCCAUGGCCAAUCAUCAAUUAGCCAGCGCGCAAAACGCAACGCUGGCACGUAUGGAGGCGUUAUACUUGGAGCUGUCGAAAGAUAGAGCGAAUCGGAAGCAAAAGAUUUCGACAGAGAAUUUGGAGAUAUGCGAGAACGUUCCUCAGAAAGGAUUGCAGAAUACUCAUAAAAAUCAAAGAGAAGAAACACGAAGAUUGGAGCAACGCCUUGUUAGACUUGAAAGAUUAUUGGCAACAAGUUCUCUUGGACAUUGCAAACAAUGUUUGCAAGAAGAUAACAAAUUGCGUUCUAGAACGGAGAAUUUGCUGAAGAUUCAAGAUACGAACAAUGAGAAAUUUGAUUCAAAAUCUAUGGAAUUGUGUUGUGAAUCGUCGGAACAACGGACUGACGAUUGUGGCGAGAAUCGAGGCGCGACGAGGAUAGGAACGGACAUUCAUAGCUACUACAGCGCUCAUUCCGAUGAUUUCGAGACAAAUAUUCCUAGAAUAGACGAAAACUCAUGUUCCACAAAGAACGUAGAUUUAGCUAAAGUGCGCAUAAGACGCAUAAGAUUGAGAGAUGAUGAGCAAGAACCGUCAACGAGAAAUUCGGUGAACGAAGAAGUAUUCAAAUUAUCAGAGGAAAUUGAGAGAUUAAAAACUAUUCAAUUAGAAUAUCAGAAUGCGAACGAAAGACUUUUGUAUGAUUUGACGGAUCAGAAAAAUUUAAUGGAAAAAUUAAAUGUAGAUUACGAGAAACUAAAAACGCAACAUAUAGUGGUAGAAGCUAAUUUGCACGAACGCACGCAGCAAUACGAAGAAUUAAAGAAGCGCUUAAAUCACGCCAAGGAAGAAAUCGAAAGAUUGCUGAAAGAGAUUGAUGUCUUUCAGUCGGAAAAGGACACUGCCGAUGCGAGAAUACUAGUUUUGGAACAAAAUUUGCAAAAAUCAUUGCUCGAGGCUGAACAAAUCAAGAAUGUGGAAAACCAAAAGACAUCAGAAUUACAGACACAAUUAGCUAAAGAAGUUUCGGAUAAAAAUAAACAAAUUAAGGCUCUUGAAGAUGCUUUGCAGGAGAUUCAAAGACUGAAGGAGACUAUGAAGACUGAAAGAAGGAAAAAUGACAUUGCUUCAAAAGAAAAUAUCGAUGCAGUCGACUCGAUAGAUGAAGAUACACCGGAAGGUGCAUCGAAUUUAAAUCGUGCCGUCAGUAUAGACGAAUUUAGGAAAGAAUUAACCCUGAAGAGGGAAGCUAGACAUAGAGCUAUCGCAGCAGUCUCGUCUGAAAUGGAAAGACUUAGGAAAGAAUUGAACGCCGAGAAGGAAGCUCAUUCCGAAACGUCGAACAUGUUGGCUUUGUUACGUUCCACUCAUAAGAAUCCGCAAGAUUUUGUAAAUGACGUUUCAGUGGAAGCUACGAUAAAAGAACAUGAGACAAAUAAAGACGAAAACGAAAAAGCGUUGAAACGCGCGGAAGCGCAACAAUUAACGCGUAUUCUAAAGGUAUCCGACGAGUUAAGGAAUGACGUUCGACACCAAAUUGAGAAGGUAGAUGACCUUCGUUACCACCUGGAAACCGAUUCAGAGCGACAUCGACAUCGCAUUCAGUGUUUGACGGAAGCGACCAGCAAGACACGCGUAUCUCUUAUUGCGCGUGAACGUCAGACUAAUGAGUUGAAGAAUUAUCUAGCUCAACUGCUGGUCAGAUUGGGUGACAGGAGUUUCCUGGAAGUUCAAGAUGACGUAGGAGCGGAAUGUAAUCGACAAUUGGAGAAUAUAAAUGCGUUGAAAAGUCUUUACAAUGAGAGGUUGAGAGUUUUAACUGAGAUAAAAGAUUCUGCGAUCAAGGAACUGAUAGACGUGAAGCAAAAACUUGAAUACGCUCUAAAAAAAUCGGAGAAUUUGGAAGAGGAACUCAAAAAAGCCGAAGAAAAGGUCGAUGUUCAAGAUUCGGAAAUCACAAACUUGGAAUCACAAUUAGGACUAACCAAGGCUGAUUGCAGAGAUCUUCAAAAUCAAAUGUCUCUCAUUAAUGGAUUAUUCACACAGAUGCUACUUGGAGCUUCUUCUGCAGACAUGGAUCUUGAUCGGUUGACUCAAUUAUUACAGGAGAAUCAUGAUCUGAUAAGUGACAUAGCCAGAGAAGAAAGCACAGAAGCAGCAGCUCUUCCUAAACUUCUUCUAGAUCUAAUUGAACAAGUCGAGGGUGGCAAAGCGGCCCAGAAACACACAAAUGAAGAAAACAAUGUAGAUAAUGUUGGCGAAAUUGAUAGAAAGGAAGAUGAUUUACAAGAAGAAGACAUCGCCCAUAACUUACCUAAGGUGUGGCGCGUCUUAUUGGAACUACUUAGUUGCCAUGCAGUGACUUCUCCGAGCGUUUCCGUUGCGUCUUGUUCAGAUCCGAACAGCUGUUACAAGUCUGUGGAUACUCCAGCUGGCCCAAGAUUAGUGAUAUCCGUGAGCAAAACAUAUAUUCGUUUAAAAGAAUUAAUUUUGGAAAAGAAGCAUUUGGAAAAGGAGAUGAACCGUAUGAAACAGCUGAACACUCAUUUAGAGAGUAAAUUGAGCGAGCAGGAGAAGAGACUUUCCAUGGUGUCGGUCGAGUUGACCAAAACGUGGAAUAUUGUCGGUCGAAUGCAGGCACAACAUCAACAGUUGCACACACACGAGGAAAUAUUAAGAUACGAGUUGCAGCAAAAAAGAAAAAUGUUGCAAGAAUUAAAACAGGAGCUGGAAUACUGUAGAGAAAAAUGGGAAUCGGCCAGACAAAAGAAUACAAACACCGAACUGGAGUGGAGAAACUUGCGUCGCGAGUUUGCUGCACGGAAAGCUUUGGCUGCUCGUGAUUCUUUUAACAGCGCUGAAAGUGGCUUCAGCGAUGAGAGAGGUGAUGAUACCGACGAAGAAGAAGAAGUAAUUGAGGGACGAGUCAGACCGCGUAGACGGGCACGAAAGGAGAGCCCUAGAGCGCCGACGCCGGAUACAGAAUCCGAACAGCCGACAGAUACCGAGCUAUCAGAAUCGAAGACUGGUUCUUCGAUAAUUUUAGAACAACGAACACUAACCCCAGAGACCGAAGCGGAAUUAGACGAGGCAGAAAUUACACAUGCUGAUUCAGAAUCUGUUAAAAUGGCAGAAGCUGAUGACAUUGCGGAAGGAACACAAGAAAUUUUAGAUCCUUUGGACCAAGCUCUCACCAAUGUUAUACAGAAUCUCAUAAAAAUAGAUGAUGGAGAAUCAGGCGAAAAUGUUUCAGCUUCACAAGAGAGCCUAACAAUACCCUUGGAAAAUUCGACCUUUGACACUGGCGAUGAUACGGAGAUGCUUAAUCGGAUGACGCUUUCUAAAAUAGAUUUUUGUAAUGAUAAUCCACAAACUUGGAUAUCAACCAUCGAAUCUCAAUGUUUGUUAUCAUCUACGAAGACACUAAAACGAAUAGCCACCAGUAUCGAUCUACCUUCGACGAUGGAUAAUGACGAAUUGCUUGAGUCAUCGUUAACUGAAACCAGAAAUUUGUCAAGACAGCACGAUAACAGCAAUGGUGAGACAAUAAAAUCCGAAAGUAUUUCGUUAUUACCUGAUUCUCACUUAUCGACAUCUAUCGAUACUGUUACAAAUAUACCCAGUACGAUACCUGUUUUUUCCAUUGGGCCGCUUCCCACGCCUGCACCCUCUUCUAUAAAAAGCGUGCAAUUUAGCAAUCCCUUGAUAGUGGGUCCAUCUAAUCGUUUUUCUACUCCAGUAUUUGGUAUGGCAAUGACAAAAUUAGAAAAUUUUACGGAUAAUUCUAUUGCUUCCUCAUCGAUGGAUAAUUCUAUUUCUACCUCAACGAUGUCAAAUCAAGAAGAAUUGAUAGAAGGCAGAGAACAAAGAUCUUCCAAACCAACAGACAGUGUCGCAGAUUCUGACAGUAUUUCCGUGGAUUCUUCCUCGAGUUUGGACACGGUCCGAGAAUUUCCUACAGCCGAUGUUAGCGCUGUGUCUACAUCAAUGUUCAAAGAUGACAGAAGGGAAACACGGGAAGGCGCGAUGAGUUCGCAAAAAGAAGUUACCUCGGCUAAAACUCGAACUCCAGAGGAAGUUUUGGCAAUGCGAGCCGAUCGAUUGAAACGUUUAGAGGAACAGGCCGAUUGGCUUAUGAAGAAAAUGAACGCUACGAGCAAACGCGGCAACGCUCUCUGUACAAGAUUGGAGGAGCUUCAUGAGGCUUACGGUGAACCACCGGUUCCUCCACCAAUGCCGGAUGUUUUACCUAGUUAUAGAUUGCCGACAGUUCUUCCUAAUCUACCUCGUCAGAUACCUGAAUUGUCAUCCCAUGAUAAUAUCAAGAAUACCGAAGAGAAAAACUCGAAUAAUGUAAAAUGAUGCAUCAACAUCGAAUGCAAAUGUAAACUAUGACAUGUUUAUAAUUUUUCAUUUUGCGAGUUAACUAUAAAUAGUUAAUAUUUAUAAAUAUCCUUGAAGCAAACAAAGCUACAAUACUAUCUCCACAAGGAAAUGUUUUAUGUCCUAAUAUAUUAUUCCGGAACAUCGUCCAUUUAUCGUAAUAAUAUUAUACAGCUAAUUGUAAAAUAAACCGCAUGUGAUGUUA